AUGGAAAGCCCUCCUACUCCUUCUUACGUCGUGGUUGCAUGUGAUGCCACAAGGGACCGCACUGAAAACGAGAUCAAACUCGUUGUUGAUCAUGUCCGGUCCAGGGGUUCCUUUCUCUCUCAUGGUGACAAGCUGCUUGUGCUUUGUGUGUUGCACAAAGUGUCUCACCCCAUGGGGUACCAGACAUUAGCAUGUCCCGAGUCAUUUGCUGGAACCAACUUUCGUACAAUGGAGGAAGAAGUCAAAAAGAAAGUUGAUACGUAUGCUAAUGAGCUUUUAUCAUGUUAUGAAGAUUUUGAAAGAGAAGGGGCUACUAUUGAAAUUAAAGUCACCGCAGGAUUUCCAAUUAAACAAGUUGUUUUACAGGAGAUUACAAACUAUAAUGCAUCAUGGAUAAUACUUGACAGACAUAUUCGGCGCGACCUUAGAUACCACCUUAACAAGUUGCCAUGUAAGGUUGCACUCGUUAAAGAUGACUUGUCUCUGGAAAUUUGGAAAUCUCAUAAUACACAUGACACAAAGGUCACAGCAACAAAGUUUGUAUUUUCUUUAUCAAAGUUUGUGUCGCUAUCAGAUUGUCAUUGUAUUGAAGACAUUGAGCACUCAAUUGUCUCUUUCAAAAGCUAUCCCCAUUCUAUAGUUGCUUCUGAUACCAGUACUACGAUUAGGAGCUAUACGAAGCAGUCAAGUGUUAACAGGUCGCGCGAUUACAGUUCCGUAUCAGAAUUUGGAUCCUCUUCUAAGCAAGAAAGAUCAGGCAUAAGCAUUAAAGGAGAAUAUAGGUAUCUCACUAGUUCUCAGAUUGACCAUAAGCCAAACCAAAGUGAUUUUCUGCCAAAACAUUCAGAUGCACCGCUUCUUUGUACUGGCUGUGGGACAAGAACUGAGUUAUCUAUCUCAGACUCAAUGAAGUUCAGCUACUCUGACAUACAACUUGCAACAAAUGACUUUUCAAAGGAGAACUUAUUAGGUGAAGGUGGCUAUGGUCACGUAUACAAGGGCGUGCUUAAAGAUGGACAGCAAAUUGCGGCAAAGGUAAGGAAAGAAGAAAGUUCACAAGGAUUUUCUGAAUUUCAUUCUGAGGUCUAUGUCUUAAGUUUUGNCCGACACAAGAAUAUAGUGAUGCUGUUGGGUUAUUGUUGCAAAGAAAGGAAAAACAUCCUCAUUUAUGAAUAUAUUUGCAACAAGUCUCUCCAUUGGCAUUUAUUUGAAAAUAAGGCAGCAGUUCUUGAGUGGCACCAGAGGUAUGCUAUUGCCAUUGGGAUUGCAAAGGGAUUGCGUUUUCUACACGAGGAAUGCCGUGGUGGUCCUAUUAUUCAUCGGGACAUGCGACCAAGCAAUAUACUUCUCACCCACGAUAUUGUUCCCAUGCUAGGUGACUUUGGCCUUGCUAAAUGGAAGACUGGUAAUGAAACUCCUCAAACAAGGAUAAUGGGCACAUUAGGAUACCUUGCUCCUGAGUAUGCCGAAGACGGUAUUGUUUCUGAGGGAACAGAUGUGUACUCUUAUGGCAUUAUCCUGUUACAAUUGAUAUCAGGACGGCAGGUUGGCAAUUCCAACAAUCCAGAACAACAACAAUCUCUCCGACAAUGGGCUGAGCCAAUGAUAGAGAAGUUAGCCUUACAUGAACUGAUUGACACUCGUCUAGCGGAAUCAUAUGACACCUAUGAACUGUACCUCAUGGCCAAAGCAGCAUACUUCUGUGUGCAAAGGAAGCCUGAGAUGCGUCCCUCAAUGGGAGAGGUUGUGCGACUUCUCGAGGGAGAAAGUAGCCACUUCCACUCUUUGGAAGAUCAAUUUGUACCUAAUUUUAACGGCUAAGCUUCAUCUCUGCAUACUCUGUGUAGUCACUUUAUUUUCUUUCUUUUUGUGUAUUUAGCAGAAACUUCGGUUUGUUUUCUCUCAUUUUCUGUGUAGAAAAGGUUGCUACUUGUUAU